CUGCAGCUGUGUCUUAACUCUCCAGUCAAUAGUGAAAGUGUCUGGUGACGUCAGAUACUGUUUAUAAGCCGGACCCUGUGACCACUCAAGCGACAGAAGCACAGCAGCAGGACCAAAGAGGAGCACAGCAUCAGGAGAAGCAACAGCAAAGAAAUGAAUGAAAGUGAAAGUAUCCUCCGUCCCGUCCUGACGUCACAGGCCGGUCAUAAGAGUGAACAGCACCUCCGACCGACAUUACCUCCCGUCAAAAAAGCCAGAAAGAGCACAACGACUCAGGCACCGACGACCAAACCCAGCACAGAAAUGGGCAAAAUCUACCAGGUCACGGUUAACGGACUGAAGGGGGAGAAGCUGAACAUCGACCUGUGCAACACGGAGGAGCAGAUGCAGAGCAUGACGGUCCGCCAGCUGAAGGAAAAGAUCGCGGAGAGGCUCCCAGAAACCGCAGGGCAAGACUCUGUGAGGUUGAUCUUCACAGACAAGAUGCUGGACAAUGACUCCGAUCUGCUGUCUGGAUAUGGAAUCCAGCAUAAGUCGGUCAUUCAUAUGGUGAUAAAAGUUCCCGGAGGACUGACGGCUUGACAGGAACGCUCUCCUCCUGUCACCACUUCCACUCCUGCCACCACUGCCACUCCUGUCACUCCUGUCACUACUGCCACCCCAGCUGCUUUUUUGAUUAUUGCUCAGGAAAAAUGUUUUUACAAUUUCUAAAGAUUUGCUGUGCGGGCUAUUUUGUUGUUAUAAUCCUUCAAUGUUCCCAUGUUGUCUCUAAAACUUGUCCAUUAAUGUAAAAAUAAAUCAGAAUUCCCUCUA